AUGCAGUGUUUCAUCUGCGUCACGUACAUGAUAAUCUUAUGCAGCGCAAAUCCAACAAAAACUCGGGAAAUAGCCACAACCCACGAGAAGCGGUCAUUGUUCCGUGACGUCAUAGAAUCUUUGAGAAUCCACUCCCAACUGCCUGAGGACAUAAACCAAAACGAUGAAAAUAAUCUGUCUCAAAAUUAUGUUAGGUAUGGAUAUGAGAAUGAACCUUCUCAUUUGCCAAGUGACGCUGAAUACAUACCAAGGAGAAACGAUAGGAUUGAAAUGCCAUCAAUGAAAUACCGCUUCCCUAAAAGCAUUGACAUUAACUCGACUGACGAAAUGAAGUCCAGAGAAGAAGUGGUAGUCUAUAUAGAUACAAACAAAUAUAAACAUACUACAACAAAGCCUAAAAAGGACAAACGCCCGCGUCCACCAACUGUUUCUUAUAACAAAAAUAAGAACCAAAAUAAGAAUAAAGGAGAAGAGGAUGAUGUUGACUUAGAAACUGAUUCGGAUACUGAUACGGAGAGUAACCCAAGUGAUUAUAUACCGUGGACUAAUACAAUGGCUGGACAAAGCCACAUUGGCCACAGGGACUCGCAAACAGUACUCAAACCAACAGUCAUUGUGAAUAUCCGCGGUACAGUUUCUAAUAAAGACAGUGACAUCAGAAUCGAAGGGCGAGAAGAACCUGCAAAUAGAACGGAACCACUACAAAACAUUUUCAACAUAAACCAAGAGAUUAAAAUCGAGAAAGAUGGAGGCAAGAAAAAACCUUCAAGUACAAAGCAAGAAAUAUCAAUGGUUGACUCUAAAAAGGAAAGAUCUAAAAUUGAAGAAGAUAUGAUGAUGUGUGAAACAGCUUCGUGGAAACCUGAAGAAAAUCAGGAGCCUCGUAAAUUCGAUAGUGUUUUGCAAAUUCUAUUCUCUAUUUAGAAUAUAUUUUUUGAAGAAGUGUUCAUUCCAAUGCAUGGUAGAAUAAGAAAUGAGUAAUGAUUGUG